UUCGAUCUGUGACUACCUCCUUUGGACGAGAAAGCCAACAAUCGCAGCCAUUGUUCCCACAGCAGCGCUUCUGUCGAACCAGUUCCGCUUUUACAUCAACAACAGCAUAUCUCAAAAGCAAUGGACGCCAGGGCUAGAAGAAGCAAAAUUUGGGAGAAUUUCACUCAAGUUGAAUCAGAGGGGGAGGUCAAGCUUCAAUGCAACCAUUGCAUGAAGGUUAUUGGAUGCUAUCCUAAUAAGAAUGGGACAGUUUCACUAUGGAGGCAUAUUAAGAUGUGCAGUAAGAGAAAUCUUCAAGAUUAAUGGAG